UAUUUUAAGGCUUCAAAUUAGGAAAAGUGUAGUGUUAUGCCAUUUAAAAAUGCAAAUGCGCCUGACAUUUUUUUAAUUUUUUUGUUUUUAUUCUAAUGGCAAUUUGAACUUUUCGAUUUAAUUAUGCCACAUAAAUUAUGAUGUCAUAAUUACGCUAUUUUUAAUUUUAAUAUCCUGCCGACGAUAUUACAACGCAGCCUUACCAAUGUAUAGAUUUUGUAAAUAUGUAAACAGAAUAAAUUGAUCACACGAUUCAGAAAAAAUGGGGUUUAUUAACCUUCUAUGUUCAUUUUCGCCCGGCCUAGGAGGACAGCAACCUCUGAUGCAAAAGCGUGCGUACAGCCUUGUCAAAUUACCGGCAGAAAACAAACUGAGGUUCUGCUAAACAUUUUAUGCCUUUUUUCACGUCAGCAAUAAUAUUGACAAUGAAAAUGUGUCAGCAGAUUCAGAUCAUAAAACUAUUCAUAGUUUCGCAAUUACUGUCAACAUCAUACUGUCAGACAUCCUUUUUUCAUGGAGGGAAAGCGGAUAUAAAUAAAAAAAAUUAAAAUCAGAAGCGUAUGACAAAGACGAAGGAGGGUGCCAAAGGUUCAAAAUGUGUUAUGCUAAUUUAAUGUAUUAAUAUGUAGUAUAUGUUAUUAUUUGUAUGUUUUUUGUUGUAAAACAUUUAUUAUUUAUUUACAGCCUUUUUCUCUUUUAAAGAAACUUAACGGUCCACAAGUUAUGAUCCUAGAAACUUUCAAAUUAUUAUUUACUUCUGGAAUGUGUCUUAAAUUCUGAAAAAUAUCUCAAAUAAUUCUUAAAUCCGUUUUUUGUUUCGAUAAACAGAUUUGUUACGUCGCACACGAGUUCGAUACAUUGCAUAUGAGAACGAUUUUUUGAGUUUAUAGUUGUACGGAGAAACACUUAGCGAGAAUAAAAAAACAUGCCUAUCUUUGACAGACGAAUGUCAAUUGAAGACAUUUAUGAAAAUUUGAAACAGCCGGAACCUGUCGAAGAGGAAUUAUAUGAUGUUCCCGAUCCUGAUGAGAUAAGUGGUACUGCACCACCGGCAGUUAUUCGCGGAAAUAAACCAAAACUAGGGCAUCAGCAAAAACAAAGACUACCAAUAAAACCACCUAUAUCGAACAAACCAUCACAAGUCAAUAACUUGAACAAAAAUAUCAAACAUCAAGACGCAGCUCAGUCUAUAACCGAAAGAAAAGCCAUGUUUGCUCAAAACCUUGGAGGUGGAAAAGUCCCGAGUCCAUUUCGGAAUAGUUUACCUUUAGGUAAUCAAAUGAUAACACAAUUUCGGCGAAAUCCACCAUCCACGUUUUCCAUGAACAACAACGACCAUAAUUCAAUGCUGCGUCGUAAAGACAGUAAUAAUAAUGGCUCACAACAUGGAUAUAACGCCGAGCCUACUCCCGAUUCAUAUUACGAAGUCAAUGGUAAUCCCGAAAAUUAUGAAGUGCCCGAACAGAACGAUGAAAUGUACGUAGAUCCGCUAGAAGACAACGAUGGUAGAGGGAGGAACGAUCUUCCACCACGUCCUGACAUGUCGCAGAGGGGAUUACCAGCGGUUCCAAAUAAACCUAAAAAACCUAUACCCACUCAUGAAUUUCUUAACAGAAUCAAUACUAUAAAACAAAAAGAGAGAUCACCUGUUGCUGAAGAAACAUAUGAAGUGUGCGAUACACCUGAAAAUUACGAAGUGUGCGAUACUGAUAUUGUAAGGUCAAGGAACAAUUCCAACAGCAGCCAGCGUAGCACAAAGAGUAAUAGUAGCUGGAGCGGCAGUUUAGGCAGUCCAACAAAUCUCUCAUCAAGAGAGAAUUCCUUCCGAAACAACUUAAACCAAGUUUUAACACCACCUUCACUGCAUUCGUCACCGCACAACAGCUUUCGUUCUGACCACCAUCCACGAUCACCAAUGGAGUCGCGGCCUUUACCUAAUCCUAAUGAAGAUGAACAAGAAGCUUACGAGGUCGUCGAAUCACAACCAGGCUCCCGCCCACCUGCACCUAUCCCGACACAUCACAUUCAUAACAAUCAGACACCGAUUAGAAAUAGAAGUAUUCCACCAACGAAACCUUCGCAAGAGAUGGAAGAUUAUGUCUAUGCAGAAGAAGAUAUGCCACUUUUUCCACCACCAAGAAAACUUGAUCCUAACAUUAAGGUGCCUGAUGAAGAUGAAUAUGAAAUGCCACCAGAAAACAAUCCUACAGUGGCCUCCAGGAAAGGCAGAAGUGAAAGCUUGCAAUACAUUGAUCCUGUUUCCAACCAUCAAGAUACUCCUCCAAUGAUUCCUGAACGUUUUGAAGAUCCUAAGCGAAUUUCGCCGCCCUCCAGACCACCAAAAAUCGUUAUGAAAUUACCAUCACAACCAGCUAUUGAUGAUGCACGCAUGAAGCCACGACAUAGUUAUGACGGCAAUAUGAAUCCAAACACAAGAGAAAGGUUAGAACUUAACAUCCUAACGCAUGGCUGGCUGGCAGGUUUGCAUUGUCAGCAGAAAAAAGACAAUGAGAACGUAGAGCACAUGCGCAAUAAACUUAAACAUAAUCUACAACUGCCAUGCGCAACCCCGUUGACCCAAGAAAAGGGACGAAGUGGCUCUGACAAUGCUAAACCAGCGAUGAGUUCAAAGAGGUCAAUACCUAUACCAUCAAAACCUGAAGAGUUAUCGAGACCGUUCAACGCCGGUGUACCUUGUCUACCGAUAAACAUCAUUAAUAAUAGUCUGAAACGACAGCAAAUUAGUCAACAGCCGAAGCCACCUGUACCGCCUCCUAGUAAACCUAAUGUCACUCAGCGACAUUCUCUGCCUCAACAUUCCCACUCUCCAUCGUUGAGGGUUUGCUCAUGGUAUCAAGGAAAAAUAGACAGAAUUCAUUCAGAACAAACCUUAAAGAGUAAAAGAAUGGAAGGCGGAUUUAUCAUCAGAGACACAACGAAAGGAGAAGGCUACUCUAUAUCUGUAUAUCACAAUGGAAACGUGACUCACUUGAGAGUUCCGUUAAAAGAUGGUCGUUAUUACUUAGGGACUUCUAAUCAGGAUUUUGCCACAGUACAAGACUUGGUAUCAUAUUAUCAAAAGAACAAAGUAGCGUUAAUAUCUGGAGGUGAAGUACUUCUCAAAACCUGAACGUGAAAGUAAAUCGUAUCAGUUGAACUAUCUUCUUAAACACAACUCCCAUCCAUCGCCUGCCGUUGUGUUGAGCCACCGAAGAAUACGUUAAAGUUUUACGAUAGCCUGUACGAGAACAGAAAAAUCGAGUUACAAGUGAAGAAAACGACGAUGUUAAGGAAAAACAGUUCAUGCACCUUCAAAAUAUAAGAAAAUUUGGUAGAUCCUCGUUUACCCAUAUCUUCCUAUGUGUCUUUGUCUCGCUUAUUUUUUCUUGCUUAAUUUGCCUCAAUCAAUUUUGUCUUGUUUAGCUUACGUUCCUAGCUUAUAACUUACAAAGCGAGGAGCAAAUAUAUAUCGAAACAAAAGAAACUCGACGACCCAUCAUCAUUCUCAAAAUGUAUAUCAAGACGCUAUUUUACCCAUAAUGUCUUUAAACAAAGUUUUUCGAUUUCUUUAGAAAAUUUGUUGUGAAUAUUAUAUUGUAAAUAAUUGUUUUUAAAAGAUGAACAAAGUAUUUUCAUAAAAUUAUUUUAUCUAAAACA